CUUAAGAUGAAGUUUUGUUCUUUCUUAAUAAUAUGUCAUUUAUAACAAUUUUACUAAUAAUAGGUUUUAUAAAUCCAAUACAAUCUUUAUCCAAAUCCAGCACCGAUGUCAUCAACAGUUUGUAUAAUGUGUCACUAUUUCGUCACAAACGAGCUCACAAGGAGUAUACGCGGUGGCGACCUAAUCAACUGUCUACUGAGGAAUUCAUCGUAAAAGUACUCGAUGAUGAUAUACCAACUACGACCGCAAAGGAAGUAGUCGCAGUAAAUAUUUUAGCUACAAAAAGGGACGAGGCGAAAAUUAUUGUUGGAGGAGCUGUGGUGCCCUCACCGACUUCACAAUUUACGUUUACACAGGGCGUGGGUGUGAGCGUCAGUAGGAAAUCAACGUAUUCUCCCAAAGCUCACAUUCGGAACGACCCACCGUUUCCUCAAUACAAGUACGGAGUGCUGCCUCAACGGGACGAGAGUCCUCCGGCCGGGCCGCAAUUCGUCGCCCGGUCACCGUCAUUGCUGUCCCGCCAGUACGCGCCCAUCACACCCGUCGUCUUCACACAACGCUCUCCAGCCACGUACCUCACUCCACCGAUUGCAGAUCGUCGUACACCACCUGGUACUUGGAUGAAACCAUCAAGAACUGCUCCUUUUUCUGAUGUCGAAGAACCUUCGCGAACGUCAAUUUUUGAGCAUGAAUUUGUUAAUUUCCACCCAUUCGAUGAUGAAGAUUUGAAAUCGAAUCCAAUUUAUGUGAGUCGCAGCUCAUACUUACCUUCUACAAUACCAGAAAGGACGACACCACAAUAUAAUAUUUAUAAUGUCGAUGAGAACACCAUAGUGGAUACCCCUACAUUAACUACAGAGGGAGUACCGAAAACGAUUGAAAAGGUAGAAGAAGACAAGGAAUUCGAUCCAACCUAUGGUAUGAUGUUUUAUAGUGAAGAGGAUAACGAAAAUGUCAAAUCAGAGCAUAAAGCAUAUAAAGAUGAGCUUGAACCACAAACUAAUGAAACACGCGAUGAAACUAUUUUUACAACAGAAUUAAUAAGAAAUGUGUCUAUUGAGAACCUAGAACAUCAAGAACCCGAUAUAAGUAGUGAAUUGGAAAUACAAUUUGAAAAUAAAACGAAUUUUGUUUCUAAUGUAACGCAAACAGAUACAGAGUUUUCUGUCGAGAUAUUUGAAGCACCUGUAAUUGUAAAACAUAAUUGUAGUUUGCUACAACUACGACCUUUAAAUUUUAAAUCGCCACGGACUUUGCCAGAGAUUGUAAUGCAAUUAAAACGAUGGGCUGAGACCAGUCCCGUUGCGAAAAUUGCGGACAUAACAUCGGGAAACUAUACAUUAAUGGAAAAUCCUAUUUACAUGAUGAUAAUCGACGACCCAAGUAGUGGUCAGAUUGUUUCAGCUAAGCAAACCGUUAUGGUAAUUGCCGGUAUUCAGGGUCGAGACCACCAAGCGGUGUCGGCCGCUCUCUACGUGCUCUACCAACUAAUAGAGCGCACCGAAGAACACUCGGAUUUGUUGGCAAAAUACCGCUUCUGGAUAGUUCCUGUUUUCAAUCCAGAUGGAUAUGACUAUUCUAUUACAUUUCCACAACGCCGAGAAUGGACGAAAAAUUUGCGUCAGACUUGGGAGACCGGUUCAGCCAAAAGCCUUUGCGGUUCAUUUGGCUUGAGAUGUUCAAUAAAACCAUGCUAUGGAGUGAAUCUUGAUAGAAAUUUUGAAUAUCAAUGGAUUCCACCGGAGGAGCUGCGAGCGGAGCACCCGUGUGGCGAACUGUAUGCGGGCGCGCGGCAGCUGAGCGAGGCGGAGACGCUGGCCCUCACGCGAUACCUCCACGCCCAGCGCGUGCCUCUCCACACAUUUGUCGCAUUUAAAGAGGGCGAUGUGCUUGGCAUCAUGUAUCCUUAUUCACAUACGAAAAAGUCUCGUGCCUUUGAUAAUAUUUAUAGACAACGAGCGUCUCGCGCCGCGUCCGCCGCCUACGGCAUCAGCGGUCGCCCUUACGUUGCCGGACAAACUUCACAGUUCUUACCGCUGUACGCUGGUGGCAUAGAGGAUUGGGUGGACGGUCACUUAGGUAUAGACAAUACAUAUACAGUCAUGAUGUUCCGACCAACGGAUUCAUUCAAUUCGAAAUACGUCACUGAGCGUGUAGUACACGAAGCUUACGCUGCCUUGGACACGUUACUUUUGCACAGCAUGGAACCGGCGCUUAACGCGCCUGUGGUCACUCUAUCCAGGUCUAGAGGCACUCUACACACACUUCCCUCAGCCAGCGCCCUCUGUACUUCAAUAUUAACUGUCCUUACCGGUGUUACCAUAUUAAUAAGAAUUUAAUGGUUUGUGAUUUAAAGAGAAGAGUCUUUACGCAUAAAAGGAUCGCCAAUUACGCAACAGGGUCAAUGACCCUAGUAAUGAGCUUUAUAU